AUGUUGAAGGAGUUGAACCAGCAACGCAGAGCGAAAGAGUUUACAGACCUGAAAAUUAUUGUUGAAGGCAAAGAGUUUGAAGUCCACCAAAAUGUUCUAGCUUCCUGCAGCUUGUAUUUCAAGGACCUGAUUAAAAGGUCACCACGAGACAGCAGCAGAAGCGGGGAGAAGCUGGAACUGGCCAUGUCCAACCUCACUGCGGAUGUCCUGGAGUUACUCCUGGAGUUUGUUUAUACAGGUUCUUUGAUCAUAGAUUCAGCCAAUGCAAAAACACUACUGGAAGCUGCCAGCAAGUUCCAGUUUCAUACUUUCUGUAAAGUCUGCGUUUCAUUUCUAGAAAAACAGCUGACUGCUAGCAACUGCUUAGGAAUAUUAGCCAUGGCUGAAGCCAUGCAGUGCACUGAACUAUACAACAUGGCCAAAGCUUAUGCCCUGCAAAUUUUCCCAGAGGUGGCAAACCAAGAAGAGAUCCUUAAUAUCUCAAAAGACGACUUCAUUUCCUACAUGUCCAAUGACAGCCUGAACACCAAAGCAGAGGAGCUGGUGUAUGAAACAGUGAUAAAGUGGAUUAAGAAGGACGCUGCAAUCAGAGCUCAGUAUGCUGCAGAGCUGCUGGCAGUGGUGCGGCUCCCCUUCAUCCACCCCAGCUAUCUGCUGAAUGUUGUUGACAAUGAGGAGUUGAUAAAGUCUUCGGAGGCUUGCCGGGAUCUGGUGAACGAAGCCAAACGCUAUCACAUGCUGCCACACGCCCGCCAGGAGAUGCAGACACCAAGGACCCGGCCCCGGCUCUCUGCAGGAGUAGCCGAGGUAAUAGUCUUAGUUGGGGGUCGCCAGAUGAUUGGCAUGAACCAACGUGCUUUAACAGCAGUCACUUGCUUAAAUCCUCAAAACAACAAGUGGUACCCACUGGCCAGCCUGCCCUUCUAUGAUCGAGAGUUUUUCAGCGUGGUCAGCGCUGGAGACAACAUCUAUCUCUCAGGCGGAAUGGAGUCGGGUGUCACGCUGGCUGAUGUCUGGUGUUACAUGUCCUUGCUGGAUAACUGGAACCUCGUGUCCCGCAUGACAGUCCCCAGGUGUCGACAUAACAGUCUGGUGUACGACGGCAAAAUUUACACCAUUGGAGGGGUCGGUGUGGCAGGCAACGUUGACCAUGUGGAAAGGUACGACACCAUCACCAACCAGUGGGAGACCAUCGCCCCGCUGCCCAAGGCCGUGCACUCGGCCGCCGCCACCGUGUGCGGGGGCAAGAUCUACGUCUUCGGGGGCGUGAACGAGGCCGGCCGCGCCGCGGGCGUCCUGCAGUCCUACAUCCCCCAGACCAACUCCUGGAGCUUCAUUGAGUCCCCCAUGAUCGAUAACAAAUAUGCUCCUGCAGUCACUCUCAAUGGGUUCAUCUUUAUUCUUGGAGGAGCUUAUGCACGAGCAACCACCAUCUAUGACCCAGAGAAAGGCAAUAUUAAAGCAGGUCCCAACAUGAACCACUCCAGGCAGUUCUGCAGUGCUGUGGUUCUAGAUGGAAAAAUCUAUGCUACUGGUGGGAUUGUCAGCAGCGAAGGACCUGCCCUGGGAAACAUGGAAGCCUAUGACCCUAAAACAAACACAUGGACACUUCUACCAAACAUGCCCUGCCCCGUUUUCAGACACGGCUGCGUAGCAAUCAAGAAGUACAUUCAGAGCGGCUGAUGCUCCCCUGGAGUUGGAUGGAGAACUGUUUGUGCCUGCUGAAAGCAGACAAGAGGAAUACUAUUACUUAAGGAACAAAAGCAGCAAAGCCAGCCAGUGAACAUAUUGCUCUAAAGUCUUGAAUAGUGUCUACAUUGAAUGUAGAAAAAUCAUCCUCACCUUUUGGUGAACAAGGAGCACAAAGCUCCGUGUUAUGUAAGAUAUUGUAACUUAAUAAUGCAAGGGUGUCACUAGAUGUUAUAGUGGCACUUGUUCUGGACAUCGGCUUUUGGUCAACCCAGGUGCAAUAGAAUUUCUCAUAUUUUUUAAGCUGGGGAAGAGAGGAAAAAAAUAAUCUGCAUUUUACUUUAGAGCUCAAGCUUGAUUCUUGAAAUAACCAUGCAGAUUAGUUUUACUAUUACACUUUAGGCAUCAAUCUAUUUGAAAGGUCAAAGUGUCCUUACCACUUUGAUUCCUACAUUUGUUUCUAAUACAUGUUUUUCAAUACCAAUGACUGAGAGAGAUCUUGUGUGAUGACAGAUGGCUUAUGUUGAUGUCAGUCUUCCAUCAGAUCAAACAAAUAUUUCAGUUCUCUAGAGAAGAGCCCAAAAGCAGGGUGAGGUGGGGAUUGGGGAGAAGAAGAAUAGCCAAUGGUAAUAAAUUCCAUGCAAAAUGAUGAAAACAAAAGGUCUGUUGGGCUGGAUGAGUUUCUGCUCCAGGUGAUUCUCAUGUGGGCACAUGUGGCUGUGCCCAUGCCAGGGGGUGGGGGGGCUUCUAAACCUUUUCCUCCAGGUUUCUGCUGAUUCACUUGGCAGUGCAAAAUGGAAACUGUUUGGAUUGCAGAGGCAUUCUCCUGAUAAACCCACUCUUCACUUCUGGCCAGGAUGACAGUAAAGCGCACAGCACCGUGGGGGUUUGCCACGUGCUCGUCAAACACAGAAGAUGCCUCCUCUGGCCACGCACUCGGUUUUGGCUCUCAACCAAAAUUCCUUGCCUCGGGAUACUCGCCACUAUCUUUUAUGUAAAGUCUGAGAAGUUUUUUAUUUUACUUUAUUUUUCAAGUUCCUUUCCUAGGUGUGAAAGCCUUAUACUUCUUAUUUACAGAUUUUAAACACAUGAAUUUAAAGCCCAUGGUAGAAAAAUGCAUAGACUUAAGCCCAGUGUAAGAGACUUCAAAUUAUUACUAUGUAGAGUUGUAAGUAUAUGCACAGCACAGGGGUUAUAUUUUUAUAUAUAUUAAAAUAUUGUCUAUCCAGAGAGCAUUGUGAUGUGGAAAUUCUUUAUAAAUUUAUACAUAAAAGGAACAAAUGGGAGAUGGACUGGGUAACACAGAGGGGGCAGGGGAAAGAAUCUUAAAAUUCACCAGUAGGAAGUAACCCCAAGCUAAGGAUUGUUUGGUUUCCUUCCAAGUAGAGGGAAAAAAUUUGCCAUACUUGCCUUUGCAGACUCAAAUCCCAAAUGCCAUACCAGUAGUUCAAGAAGGAGGGUCCUGUGCAGGGUGUGGGUGAGAUCUUGCAUUCAGUAUCUAGUUGAAUUUCAUACCAAAUACAGUAGCCUUUUUAUAUGGAGGAAGGUCUGCCUACAGCU